UGCCUUGAUUUCUGCAAGGUGCGCCGGAUUCAACACGUUUCAACACGCACGCCGGCGUCCAGCAAAUAUUAGAUUGGAAUUUAAUUAUUUUGAACUCCGUUUUGAUUGUGGUGUUCAUUGAUAAUUAUCUGAUAGAAAUAUUUUACUGUUUGACAUAAGUUGGGUCAACCAUCAGCCUUCUGUUACGAGGCGCUGUGCUGACCGUGCUCCGCGGUAAUGGCCGAUAUUGACGAGCUGGCUCUGGCGGCCGGCGGAGACGGCCUCGAAGAUGAGCUGCUGGAAGAGCUGAACGAUGGUGCCGACAACGGUGCCGACAACACCAACGACGCGUCGGCGACCAACGACAGCGGCGACGGCGACACGAGCAUGGACGACCCGGAGCUGGCGGCGAUCAAGGCACGUGUCAGAGAGAUGGAGGAGGAGGCCAACAAGCUGCGCCAGAUGCAGUCCGAGGUGGACAAACAGAUGAACCUGGGCAGCCCCACCACAGAGCCGGCGACCAACCCGCUCAACCUCUCCGUCGAGGAGAAGAUGGAGGUGGACGCGCGCUCCAUCUACGUGGGUAACGUCGACUACGGCGCCGCCGCCGAGGAGCUGGAGCAGCACUUCCACGGCUGCGGCUCCGUCAACCGCGUCACGAUCCUCUGCAACAAGUUCGACGGCUCGCCCAAGGGAUUCGCCUACAUCGAGUUCGCCGACAAGGACUCGGUCCAGACGGCCAUGGCGCUGGACGAGUCGCUGUUCAGAGGACGCCAGAUCAAGGUGAUGCCGAAGCGGACCAACCGUCCGGGUAUCUCGACCAGCAACCGUCCGCCGCGCGGCGGGAGGUACCGCGGACGAGGACGGUUCGGCGGAUUCCGCGGGCGCCGGCCAAGGUAUCGCAGGUCAAACUUCUACUCGCCCUACUAAGGUACAAGAUGCUGUGUGUCUCGCAGCGCCCCCAGUGCGCCGAAGGUGAACCAGAAGUUCGCCGGCGGCCGAGACGACCGUCCCGGGCGGCGCGCUGCCUUCCAGUGGUGGACACUGGGCCUGUGACGUCACGGACGCUCAGUUUUCUCCGCGUUCACGGCAAUGACCGGUGGACGUGAACUGUACAUUGAACUGGACGUGCUCUGUGGUGGCAGGUGUAGCGUUCGGGACCGUGGGUGUCUGGACUGGUGCAACGGUCGAACAUUGUUCUGUAGACCUGAAUAGCGCCCUGGGUCUCGGCGCGGCACCGUUGGGGUUUGGCCUGUUUCCGUGAGCUCCGUGCGCCACCAGCAUUCGCGACAUUGCCUCGAGACGGCGCCCGUGGACUGCAUUGCUUCUCCAUGCUCGUCGGGUGUGGAUGGCCGUACCGGAGAGCUAGUGGUUCUUUUAGUUCACAUUUCAACUGUAUUUGACGUGUAGAAAAGCCGACUGGGCAGGAAAAAAGCUGCACAAAGCAGAAAAGAAACAAGAUGCAAAGAUAAUACAGCACUUCUGUCCAGA